AUGGAUGAAAUCAGUGCCCAGUCGAGCAACCCUCACGUGGUGGUAUCAAAGGUCCAGGACGAUAAUGAUGCCAUCGUCCUCGCGAAGAUCGUAGGCUACGAACAGCAGAUGGUGAGACGAUGGAGUCUGCAAAAGGUCAUCGGCAUGGUGAUUGCUGAAGGCGGACCGGCAGCUGCGCUGUAUGGAUUCCUCUUUGUGUCAACCUUUACCUUUUGUGUUGCGGCGUCGAUUGCCGAGCUGAUUUCGGCCUAUCCCACCUCGGGCGGACCCUUUUACUGGACAGCUCGAGUCGCCUCUCCGAAGUAUGCGCGUUUCCUGUCUAUGUUGACCGGCACGGCCAACUGCAUGUCCUGGAUCUGUGCCUGUGCCAGCAUCGCCAGCACGAAUGCGCAGCAGAUCUUCGGCUUUGUGGUCAUCACGCAUCCCACCUUUGAGAUUGAACGCUGGAUGAUGGUCUACCUCUUGUAUAUGUUUUUCAUGCUGGCCGGCAUGCUCUUCACCAUGUUUGCCUACCCGCUCGUGCCCAUCGUCAACAAGUGGCUCAUCUACUGGAGCCAAACGGCCAUGAUGGUCAGCAUCAUCAUCAUGCUGGUCCGCUCCAGAGGCCAUUUUGCCUCCAGCCAUUUUGUUUGGGCAGAAUACAUUAACCAGACCGGCAGAUCACGGCGAUCAGCCUACUCGGCGGCCGCGGCGAGGUAG